AUGGCAGCAGAGAUGGAGCCCGCAGACGUGAUCCGCCUGAUAAUGCAGUACCUGAAGGAGAACAACCUCUACAGAACACUGACCACCUUACAGGAGGAAACCACUGUCUCUCUCAACACAGUGGAAAGUAUCGACAGUUUCAUUGCAGACAUAAAAAGUGGCCACUGGGACUCCGUCCUGCUGGCCAUCGAGUCCCUCAAGUUGCCUGACAACACACUUAUUGACCUUUAUGAGCAGGUUGUGAUGGAGCUCAUUGAAAUGAGGGAGGUUGGCGCAGCACGUUCACUCCUCAGACAAACUGACCCGAUGAUCAUGCUGAAGCAGACCCAGCCAGAAAGGUACCUCCACUUGGAGAACCUGCUGACCUGCUCAUACUUUGACCCACGUGAGGCAUACCCGAAAGGCAGCAGCAAGGAGAAACGGCGCAGGGCGAUAGCCGAGGCACUGGUGAGGGAAGUCAGUGUGGUUCCCCCUUCUCGCCUCAUGGGGCUCUUGGAACAAUCGAUGAGACUACAGCAGUUUUCGGGUCAUCUCUCCCCUGACAUGGCCAUCGAAACAUGUAGCAACAAGGAGAGACUUGUCGAGAAAGAGAUUUUUCCCACCCAGCUGUAUCGUCACAUUAAGUUUGGCCGACGGUCACAUGUGGAAUGUGCUCGUUUCUCUCCUGAUGGAAAGUAUUUAAUCACUGGAUCAGUGGAUGGGUUCAUUGGAGUUUGGAGCUUCACCACUGGAAAAAUUAGCAAGGAUUUAAAGUACCAAGCUCAGGAUAGCUUCAUGAUGAUGGAUGAUGCUGUGCUGUGUAUGUGCUUCAGUCAGGAUACAGAUCUCCUGGCCACUGGAGCCCAGAACGGAAAAAUAAAGGUGUGGAAGAUCCAGAGUGGUUUGUGCUUGCGCAGGUUUGAGCAUGCUCACAACAAAGGUGUUACCUGUCUGAGCUUCUCCAAGGACAACAACCAAAUCCUCAGUGCCUCCUUCGACCAGACCAUCAGGAUCCAUGAACUGAGGUCAGGCAAGACACUAAAGGAGUUAAAUGGCCAUUCAUCAUUUGUAAAUGAUGCAUCUUUCACGCAAGAUGGAUUUCACAUCAUUAGUGCCUCAUCUGAUGGCACUGUUAAGAUUUGGAACACCAAGACUUGUGAAUGCAUCCACACUUUGAAAUCUCUGUCCCGGACAGUCGAGGUCCCCGUCAACAAUGUGAUUCCUCUACCACAAAGCCCGGAGCACUUUGUAGUUUGCAACCACUCCAAUACAGUGGUCGUCAUGAACAUGCACGGUCAGACUGUGAAGACCUUCAGCUCAGAUAGAAAGGAAGGAUCAGACUUUGUAUGUUGCACCAUCUCACCCCGCGGGGAGUGGAUUUACUGUGUGGGAGAAGACUUAGUGCUCUACUGCUUCAACUAUAAAGCAGGAAGGCUGGAGAAAACGCUGACUGUUCACGAGAAAGAUGUAAUUGGCAUCGCUCACCACCCACAUGUGAACCUGAUCGCCACAUACAGCGAGGAUGGCCUCCUAAGGCUGUGGAAACCUUAG